AUGAAGGUGAGGAAGCACGCGACGCCAGUGGACCCAGACCCGGGUUCGCUCGCUGGCAGGGGGCGUGGCCCUAUGGUUGGCUACCUGUUGUUCGGCAGUGCGGUUUUACGUUGUGCACUGAUUUUUUCGUCGUCCAAAAAACACACAUUCGUCGUCGUCGUCGUCCAAAAACAAGUCUUGGUUAUGGCCAAACCUGAAACUCUAGAAAUCGCCCGACUCGCUGCCGGAUUUGCGUCGCACAAAGCGCACGGACGCCGGACAAUCGCCGUCGUUCUGGCGAAUGUUGACACUGGGGCCGGAACGGCACCGGCGACGUGUAAAAAUAUGAACUACGCGACAAGUAAUAUGCGGCGACAUCAUCGGUCAACAAUCGCCGCCAAUGUUGACAGUCGUGCAGCAGCUCACCACACGACGGUGCCGAACCGAACAUGGACCGAGGACGAGGUGGAGGUGGAGGACGAGGUGGAGGGCGAGGACGGAAAAGGGCCGCCAGCGGCACGGGAGGUGGAAGGUGCGGGGCGUGCCAACGACGACGACGACGACGACGCAACGCCGACACACAAUUACCGGUCCAGCACACGCCAAUUACGGGUGGCAAUGGCUUGCGUGGCUCCCGGUGGUGUUCGGUGUCCGGUCAUAAGGCGUGCCACAGAAGUAUUGAGUUACACAGUUUGCCUCUAA